AUGGCGGGGGUCACAGUGCUAAUGCGGAAAACUCAAGACUAUGUGAAGACCAAGGAGUUCCGGGAUUACAUAACCAGCACCCACUUCUGGGGUCCGAUGGCCACCUGGGGCCUUCCACUGGCCGCCUUCAAGGAUAUGAAGGCGGCUCCUGACAUCAGCAGCAGCCGCAUGACCACGGCGCUCAUCUUCUACUCCAUGGCUUUCAUGUGCUUUGCCUACCGGGUCCAGCCUCGAAAUUACCUGCUGAUGGCAUGCCAUCUCACCAACGUGGUGGCGCAGAGCAUUCAGGGGAGCCGCUACCUUAAGUACCACUAUGGUGGCGGGGCCAAGGCCAGCAACCCUCCGGCCAAAUAA